GGACUGGCGCUUAAUAUUACGUAUUCGCGAAAGCUCAAUGAACAAUUGGAAGCGAUGGAACCGUUGAGUUACCGCAUUUUUGUGCAGUGGUCCCGCUGCAGUCUUUCACCGGCUGCCCGGCAACACUUGGUCACCUUGAGCGCAAUGUUGGCUUCGAAGUAGACAAUAGCGCGCACCUUCCUCGCCCGUCGUAUACACAACACUUCAACCUCCUCCACCCACAACUACCACCAACACCAUCAUAAUAUCAAGGCCGCAACCCCGUCAUCAUGACCUCGACAGACUUGGCUCAGCAACUGGAAGCCCUGCGAGCCGAGCUCAACGCCGCCAAAGCAAGCGAAAAUGCCGCCAUCGAGCGCGCUCAAACCCAGUACCGAGAGAUGAGGGUGUCAAUCCGAACCGCGGAGAAGCUGGAGCUGAAGUUGCACCGCCAGGUCAUGGAAGCGGAGGGAAAAGCGGGAAGACAGGCAGACGCACUGUUGUACUUCAGAUGGCGGUUAGACGAGACGGAGAAGGCGCUCGCGACGAAGACGGAAGAGGCGGAAAAGGCGAAGGCACUCGCGCUCGAACUUGCGACCGAGAUGGAAAGGGAGAAGGAAAGGCACCGAAGGACUGCUGAGCUUGCUCGCAGAACGGGGACUUCUUGGGAGAGAAUGCGGGAGGAGAAUGAGCGUCUGACGAAACAGCUCAAGAAGCAAACUAUUUCGCUUCAAGCCAGUGUUUCGACGGUAGCGACUUCGCCGCAGAAGCGGACUGCAAGCUUGGUUGUGGAUGCGCAGGAAGACAUGGGCCGGCCUGCAAAGCUUCUCCGGGGUUCUGACGAGCAUACGCCUUCACGAGCGUCCCAGGCGGCAUGGACCAAACUGCAGCGAGACUCCACGUUGAACGGCCGUUCCCCUUACGCCUCCAAUCACUCCCUUCAACGGCGACAGAAUGCCGCUUCUGGCUCUCCAAAUCUUUUACGUCGCCCUGUCUCCUCAUCAUCAUCAUCCUCCUCCUCCUCCUCAGGUCCCUCUUUGCAGGGCUCCAUGGCUGUGACAGACCUGCCAGAAUUCCCGUAUGCCUAUACCCGGCCGUCCUCUUUUUCGUCCUCCGUCCCUGCCCCGAUGGCCCCGUCGCAGCCCUCAACUCCCUCCCGUCCCUCCUCUACCCAACAGCCCACCGAGUCGCAAACAGCUACCGGCCAGCGAUCGGUCACUGUCGUCCCAUAGAACGGGAAGUGCAGGUCACCGUGACACCGACCACCGGGGAGAACGGAGAAUUAUUGCCAAGAAAGUGUUCAUUUUCGUCUGUGCUUAAUGCUAUGGGAACACGACUCAUUUCAAGAUCUCCAUAAGAGCCGUAUAGUUAUCGGAGGAAAUGAUUCUCCUUGAUCCAGCUUCUUUCUGAGAUUCUACUGUCACAGUUCGUAUUUCUAUUGGCUUGCGAACCGAUUCAGUGUAUUUGCCGUGCUCACAUGUACGGGCGUAG